AUGGUUAGAGAUUCAUCUGUCUAUUUAUAUAAAGAUGUAUUUGGAUUAUCGACUAAUACAGUAAUCCUAAUACAAAGUGAAUACGAACUAUUCAAUUCAAUUUAAGGAUUCUAUCAAUCAGUCAUGUUAGAUAUCAAAAUACAAUAACAAAAAAUAAUUUUGAAGAAGUACAACAUCAGUUUUAUUUCUUAGAAACUAUCAUCUUAAUUUACUCUGGCUGAUUAGAAUGAAAUAUUUGACACUAUUUGUUUGAGAGGAGAUUUGAACAGCAAAAUCUUUUUAUUGAGAAAUUGUUAGAAUAGGAUGAGAAACUGUAGAUUAUUGAAAAUAAUAAGUAGUUUAAGUUUAAGAUGCUAGUUGAUUAGAUUCUACUCAACCUUAGAGUUGUUUUAAUUGGAUAAUAAAUGAAUUUGAAAAGCAGUAACUUUGCUCUAUUUUAAACAAUCGAAAUAAUAUAAGGAAUAAGGUAUAUGAUUGUAUUUCAAGUGUCAUUAAACAAGAUCAAAAUGCUCUAAUUUCAUUAAGGAUCAUUCAAUCAAUCUAGAAAGCAUUCUGAGUAAAUUAAAGGGUUGUUAAUUUGA